GAAGUCAUUGUCCUUUUUGUACAGAAAAUUUACCAAAUCGUGAAACAUUUUGUGAAAUUCAUUAUAUGGAAACUACCAUUGUUCCUGAUGGAAUUCGCAAGGGUUAUCCUAUGGAAAUAAAUUUUGAAUUAAUAGAAUCUCGAAUUAUUCAAAUGAAAGAUGAACUUCUCAAUAUUAUUUAUAAAAAAACUAGUAGUUAUUUUCGUAAUUUUGUAUUUGAAAUAUGCAAUAUAUUAGGUCAAAUAAAAGCAAAUACUCCUAUGGCAAUAAUGGAAAGAUUUGAAACUUUAAAGCCAGGAUAUUAUGGAACUCGAGGAAUGAGUAUUAUAACUGAAAUACUCAACAGCCUUUUUCUUUACACUCAUAUAUUAACAAAUGAAUUAAGUUAUCCCAAAAGUCCAGUUGAUUAUAUAUUGGAAAUUAUGGUUCCUGAGACUGCAUUACAUUUAAUUUCUCAAGACAAAGGGGGUAUUACACUUGAGGAAGCACGAAAAAUCAUGGAGGAUAGUAGUACCUUCGAAUCACGGGAUCGCAAAAAUGUAAAUAGCGUUCGGGAUCAGGAUCAACAGUCACGUAAAUAUAAACAAUCAGAGUCAUGGGAUCGCAGGAUCGGGAUCAACGAUCAGUAA